AUGAGAGCCCCGAUCGCGCCGGGCCCUGCACGGGCCCCGACCGAGACCAGAGCCCCCAUCGCGCCGGGCGCUGCACGGACCCCGACCGAGACCAGGGCCCCCAUCGCGCCGGGCGCUGCACGGGCCCCGACCGAGACCAGAGCCCCCAUCGCGCCGGGCCCUGCACGGGCCCCGACCGAGACCAGAGCCCCCAUCGCGCCGGGCGCUGCACAGGCCCCGACCGAGACCAGGGCCCCGAUCGCGCCGGGCCCUGCACGGAUCCCGACCGAGACCAGGGCCCCGAUCGCGCCGGGCCCUGCACGGAUCCCGACCGAGACCAGGGCCCCCAUCGCGCCGGGCCCUGCACGGGCCCCGACCGAGACCAGAGCCCCCAUCGCGCCGGGCGCUGCACAGGCCCCGACCGAGACCAGGGCCCCCAUCGCGCCGGGCGCUGCACGGGCCCCGACCGAGACCAGGGCCCCCAUCGCGCCGGGCGCUGCACGGGCCCCGACCGAGACCAGGGCCCCCAUCGCGCCGGGCGCUGCACGGGCCCCGACCGAGACCAGGGCCCCCAUCGCGCCGGGCGCUGCACGGGCCCCGACCGAGACCAGGGCCCCGAUCGCGCCGGGCCCUGCACGGGCCCCGACCGAGACCAGAGCCCCCAUCGCGCCGGGCGCUGCACAGACCCCGACAGAGACCAGGGCCCCCAUUGCGCCGGGCCCUGCACGGACCCCGACCGAGACCAGGGCCCCGAUCGCGCCGGGCGCUGCACGGACCCCGACCGAGACCAGGGCCCCCAUCGCGCUGGGCCCUGCACGGACCCCGACCGAGACCAGGGCCCUCAUCGCGCCGGGCGCUGCACGGACCCACGAUCUCACAUGCCCCCAGGGGUCUCUGCCUAGCUCGGAGAGGCGUGAGCGGCAGCGGGGCAGGGCUGACCUGCCCUGGGAGCCUGGCGUCCAGGCGCCAGUAACAUUCGAAGAGGUGGCCGUGUAUUUCACCGAGGAGGAGUGGCGUCUUCUGGAUGAAGGGCAGAGGCGGCUCUACAGGGAUGUCAUGCUGGAGAACUACACCAACAUCAGCUUCCUGGGGUUCCCGGUCCCCAAACCGGCUGUGAUUGCCCGGAUGGAGCGAGGGGAGGCGCUGUGCGUCCUGGAUCUCCGGUGCUCUGAGGGGAGGGAGAUCCCAGGUGCCGGGACGGCGAGUGAAAAUCCCUGGCAGAGAGUGGAUCUGCGCGGGACAUUCCCCUGGACAUCCCAAGAGGACAUAUCCCAGAAUCCUUCGGGAUCAGAUCAGUGCAGGGUGUUCCCACAGAGAUCCCAAGAGGACGUAUCCCCAAAUCCUUCGGGAUCAGAUCAGUGCAGGGUGUUCCCACGGAGAUCCCAAGAGGACGUAUCCCAGAAUCCUUUAGGAGCGGAUCUGCACGGGCCGUUUUCAGUGCGAUCCAAACAGGACAUAUCCCAGCAUCCCUUGAGAGGGGAUCCACACAGGCCGUCCUCCACCCCGCGGCUCAGAAGGGCCCGUCCAGGGGCAGGAGCGGGGGGCCGGCUGGGGCUGCCCGAGGCCCCCCGACGUGGGGAGCGGCCCACCAUCUGCGGCGAGUGCGGGAAGGGCUUCCUGCAAAACUCAGACCUGGUGAAGCACCUUCGCACGCACACGGGCGAGCGGCCCUACAAGUGUGCCCAGUGCGGGAAAAGCUUCACCCAGAGCUCGGCCCUGACCCAGCACCACCGCACCCACACGGGUGAGCGCCCCUACCCCUGCCCCCAGUGCGGGAAGCGCUUUACCGAGAGCUCCACCCUGGCCCAGCACCGGCGCGUCCACACCGGUGAACGGCCCUACCGCUGCCACCAAUGCGGCAAGGCCUUCAGCCUCAGCUCCACCCUGAAGAAACACCAGCGCACCCACACCGGCGAGCGGCCCUACAUGUGCGAGGCGUGCGGGAAGAGCUUCGGGGAGAGCUCCCACCUGGCCAACCACCAGCGCGUCCACACCGGGGAGCGGCCCUACCAGUGCAAGGAGUGUGGCCGGGGCUUCAACCACACCUCCACCCUCUUCAAGCACCAGCGCACCCACACUGGCGAGCGGCCCUACUGCUGCGGGGACUGCGGCAAGGCCUUCAGCUGGACCACGGCCCUCAAGCAGCACCAGCGGAUCCACACGGGCGCCAAGCCGUACCGGUGCGGGGAGUGCGGCAAGACCUUCAGCUGGAGCUCCACCCUCAACCAGCACCGGCAGGUGCACUCCGGGGAGAAGCCCCACGUCUGCCCCGAGUGCGGCCGCGCCUUCGCCCGCAGCUCCCACCUGGUGCAGCACCGGCUGGUGCACUCCGGGGAGAAGCCGUACAAAUGCGGGCAGUGCCAGCGGAGCUUCAUCCAGAAUGCCCACCUCGUGUCCCACCGCCGGCUGCACGCUGCCCCCAAACCUUACAAGUGCUCAGUGUGCGAUAAAAGCUUUGGGCAGAGCUCCCACCUCAUCCAGCACCAGGUGUCGCAUACGGGCGAAAAGCCUUAUAAAUGUCCCGAGUGUGGCAAAGGCUUCACCUGGAGCUCAGCGCUGGCCCAGCACCGGCGCAUCCACCGCGGCGAGAGACCUUUCGUCUGCCCGGACUGCGGCAAAAGCUUCAGCCAGAGCUCCAACCUGAGCACCCACCGGCGCACCCACACGGGCGAGAAGCCGUUCGUCUGCCCGGACUGCGGGCGCGGCUUCAGCCAGAACUCCAACCUGGCGGCCCACCGGCGCACCCACACCGGCGAGCGCCACUACCGCUGCUACGACUGCGGGCGGGGCUUCCUGGAGCGGGCGGCGCUGGCCGAGCACCAGCAGGGCCAUGCCGGGCAUCGGCCCUACACCUGCGGGCAGUGCGGCAAAGCCUUCGGGCAGAGCGCCAAGCUGGCCCAGCACCAGCGCAUCCACACCGGCGAGCGUCCCUUCCGGUGCGAGGAGUGCGGCAAAGGCUUCAACGACGGCUCCUACCUGGUCAAGCACCGGCGAGUCCACACCGGCGAAAAGCGCUACCGCUGCCCAGUGUGCGGCAAAACCUUCAGCCAGACCUCUAACCUCAUCACCCACCAGACCACCCAUACCGGAGAAAAGCCUUUCCGGUGUGGGGACUGCGGGCGUAGCUUCAUCCGCCGGGCUCACCUGGCUGCCCACCGGCGCACUCACACCGGCGAGCGGCCGUACCAGUGCGCCCAGUGCGGGAGGUGCUUCUCCCAGCGCUCCACCUAUGCCCAGCACCGCCGCACCCACACCGGCGAGCGGCCUUACCGCUGCCCCGACUGCGGCCGGGGAUUCAGCCAGAACUCCAACCUGGCGGCUCACCGGCGCAUCCACACCGGCGAACGGCCCUACCAGUGUGGCCAGUGCGGCCGGCGCUUUGUCCAGAGCUCUGCCUUUACCCAGCACCAGAAGACCCACAAGAAGGGGAAGUUGCAUCCCCAGGUGCCGGGGGCUGCGAUGGAGGAGUGGGCUCUGCUGGAUGAGAGGCAGAGGGAGCUCUACCGGGACGUCAUGCAGGAGAACUAUGGGGACGCCAUUUCACUGGGAUUUCCCGUCCCCAAACCGGCUGUGAUCUCCUGGAUGGAGCGGGAGGAAGAGCCGUGCGUCCCAGAUCUCCAGGGCUCUGAGGAACAGGAGGUUCCAGGGGACGGGACGGCAAGCGACAACGAGGAAGAGGAGGUGGCAGAGCCUCCCCGGCAGGAGGAAGAGUCUCCGGGGCCGGAUGCCCCCAACCGCCCUGACUGGGCCGAAGCCUGCGAGAGCUUGUGCCGGCCCCGGCAGCGGGGGGGCCGCUGGGGCCCGUACGCCCGGCGGCGACGGGUCAGCACCGCCCCCCGGGCCGAACCUCGCUUCUUCGACUGCCCCGACUGCGGGAAACGCUUCACGCUCAGCUCCCACCUCAUCCGGCACCAGCGAGUGCACACCGGCGAGCGCCCCUUCGCCUGCGGGGUGUGCGGGAAGAGCUUCUCGCAGCGCUCGGACCUGGGCCGCCACCAGCGCACCCACACGGGCGAGAAGCUCUACCGCUGUACCCAGUGCCAGAAGAGCUUCAGCGAGAGCUCCCACCUCAUCCGCCACCAGAUCAUCCACUCCGGCGAGAAGCCCUUCAAGUGCAACGUCUGCGGCAAGAGCUACGGGGACAGCUCCUACCUGGCCGUCCACCAGCGGGCCCACACCGGCGGCGAACGCCCCUACAUCUGCAACGAGUGCGGGAAGAGCUUCACUCAGUGGUCCAAGCUGGUGCGGCACCAGCGCAUCCACACGGGCGAGCGGCCCAACACUUGCACCGAGUGCGGGAAGAGCUUCACCCAGAGCUCCCACCUCGUCCAGCACCAGCGCACCCACACCGGCGAGAAGCCCUACCGCUGCUCCGAGUGCGGCAAGAGCUUCAGCUGGAGUUCCAACCUCAUCCAGCACCAGCGCACCCACACCGGCGAGAAGCCCUACCAGUGCGGGGAGUGCGGCAAGGCCUUCAGCCAGAGCACCAACCUCAUCAAGCACCAGCGCUCCCACACUGGCGAGAAGCCCUACCAGUGCGGCGACUGCAAGAAGAGCUUCUACCGCAGCUCCGACCUCAUCCAGCACCAGAUCACCCACACUGGCGAGCGGCCCUUCAAGUGCACCCAGUGCGGCAAAGGCUUCACCCAGAGCGCCAACCUGGUCAAGCACCAGAAGAUCCACGCCGGGGAGAAACCCUUCCGGUGCACCGAGUGUGGGAAGACGUUCAUCCAGAGCUCGGAGCUCAUCCAGCACCAGCGCACCCACACCGGCGAGAAGCCCUACGAAUGCCUGCAGUGCGGGAAGAGCUUUGGGCACAGCGCCACGCUGGUCAAGCACCAGCGGCUGCACAUGGGGGUGGAGCCCUACAAGUGCCCCACCUGCCACAAGACCUUCGGGCUCAGUUCGGCCCUGGCCCGCCACCAGCGCUGCCACACCGAGGAGCGGCCCUACGCCUGCGCCGAGUGCGGCCAGAGCUUUAGCCUCAGCUCCAACCUCACCCUGCACAUGCGGAUCCACCGGGGCGAGAAGCCCUACCGGUGCGGGGAGUGCGGGAAGAGCUUCGGCAUGAGCUCCACCCUGAUCCGGCACCAGCGGAUCCACACCGGCGAGAAGCCCUACCAGUGCGCAGAGUGCGGGAAGAGCUUCGUCCGCAGCUCCCACCUCAUCCAGCACCGCCGCACCCACACCGGCGAGAAGCCCUACCGCUGCUCCGAGUGCGGCAAGGCCUUCAGCCAGAGCUCCAACCUCAUCACCCACGAGCGCAUCCACAUGGAGGAGCGGCCCCACGUGUGCCACGAAUGCGGCCAGCGCUUCGCCGAGGAGGAGGCCCUGUGGCGGCACCAGGAGGAAGGGCAUAGCGGCGGGGCGGGAGGCAGGGGGCUCGGGGAGAGCCGGGAGACUUGCAUCUGCAACGAUUGCGGGCAAAGCUUUGGAGAUAGCUCAGCGUUGGCCAAGCACCAGAUAACCCAUGUGUCUUGUAUCUGCAACGAUUGCGGGGAAAGCUUUGGAGAUAGCUCAGCGUUGGCCAAGCACCAGAUAACCCAUGUGUCUUGUAUCUGCAACGAUUGCGGGGAAAGCUUUGGAGAUAGCUCAGCAUUGGCCAAGCACCAGGAGAUCCAUUCAUCUUGCAUCUGCGAUGAUUGCGGGCAAAGCUUUGGAGAUAGCUCAGCGUUGGCCAAGCACCAGAUAACCCAUGUGUCUUGCAUCUGUAACGACUGCGGGGAAAGCUUUGGAGAUAGCUCAGCAUUGGCCAAGCACCAGAUAACCCAUGUGUCUUGCAUCUGUAACGACUGCGGACAAAGCUUUGGAGAUAGCUCAGCGUUGGCCAAGCAUCAGGAGAUCCAUUCCUCUUGCAUCUGCGAUGAUUGCGGGGAAAGCUUUGGAGAUGGCUCAGCGCUGGCCAAGCACCAGGAGAUCCAUGCCCCGUGCAUCUGCCCGGAAUGCGGGCAGAGCUGUAAGGACAGCGCGGCCCUGACCCGGCACCAGAUCACCCACAUGCGUGAAAAGCUUUACAAGUGCCCCGACUGCGGGCAAAGCUUUGGCGACAUCUCUGCCCUCACCCAGCACCAGAGGAACCACAUCAGGGAAAAGCUGAGGUGCCCCGACUGCGGGCAGGGGCUCGGAGCGAGCUCGGCUCCAGGGGCCCACCAGAGAGGCUGCACCCCAACCAAGCCCUUCCACGAGUGCUCGGCGGCCGGUGCCCACGAAAGAAGCCACGCCGAGGGGGAGCCCGUCCGUGACAGCUCAGAGCUUGGUGUCCACGAAAAAGGCCACCCCAGGGCGGAACCGUCCCACGCGGCUCCGGGCGUCCACCAAAGAGGCCGGCUCGUGGCAGAUCCCUCCCCCGCCGGCUCAGCCACUGGCGGCCGCCCCGGCUCAGGUGAAAUGGCCAGCCUCAUCCGGCGCCCGGCCACCGAACCCUACAAGUGCCACGACUGCGGCCAGAGCUUUGCCGAGGGCUCGGGUCUCUCCCGCCACCUGGCCUCCCACCCCAAGCCCUUCCGGUGCCCGGAGUGUGGGCGCGGCUUCCCAGACGCGGCAGCCCUGGCCCAGCACCGAGAGGUCCACGCUGGAGGGGAGCCAGCCGGGCCCGGGGAGAAGAGCCGCAAGAGCUGUGCCGAGAUCUCCGCCAUCCUCUUGCGCCAGGGGAACCACGUGGCCGGGCGUGGCCCACGGAGGCACGCGGCAGACGACUCCCUUCCUCCCGGCGGCUUGGCCCCGGCUCGGCCCCGCCUCCAGCCCUCAGGCCGCGGCCUGGCCACGGCCGCCCGCCGCGACGGGGGGAUGUCUCUGGCGCGCCCGGAAUGUGGCAAAGGCUCUCAGGGGGGCUCUGUGCUCCUCCAACACCUCCAGAACCAUGUGGGGGACAGGGUGUGA